UUUUCCACGAAGCUCUUCUCUUCUUUGCUCUUCUGCACGAGAGAAAACUGAGAGGAAAAUUCCUCAAAAAGAAAAGGAAAAACUGGGAGGAAAAGGCCAUGGCGCCGAAGAGGGAGCUGGUCUUGGCCAGCGCCCGGGGCUCGGAGUCGGCGAAGCGCCUGCGCGUGGGGGUCCCUGGAGCUGCCUGCGCCGGCGGCAGCGAGAGCGAGCGGUCGGUGCCGGCGUCGCCGGGAAAGCGGCUGCUGCGGCAGACAGUGUUCGUCGUGCUCUUUCUUGUGCGAAUGUAUGUGCGUUCGCUCUUUUCGAUUGGCUGGCUACCUGCUCUUGAUUCUCGUCUGCACCUCUGUUUCUAGAUAUUUGUUUUUUGAACUUCUGUUUCUAGAUUCUUAGGCCCUGUUGGGAGGCACUCCGCUCCACAGCUUCACUCAGGAGCUGGUGGAGUUAUAGUUGAAAUUUGCGGAGCGCCAGUUUAACUGGCUCCGCAGCUCUCCGGAGCUGGUAGGAUUUCGAACGGCCCCUUAAUUCUUCUGUCCCUGCCAAUUUGUGUGUGCAGGAGCGAAAAGAUCACGGUGACGGAAAGUAUGUCGCAGAUUGGUCGCAUGGUUCAGAAACUUCACAAGGUUCAGACUCUUAUCAUGAGGGUCAAAAACAUCAGUUCCAUUUUUCUCAGAACACGGUCACCAGUAUAGGUAGUGCAUAGGAACUUUUGCAAAAACACACACAAGUGUUUCAUGUACCCCAUGGGUCGUGACAACUCACCCGACCUCUUUAGGGGCCUAUAUUAGAUCCACAUGUAGCAAAUUGGAAAGUUUACAGCAGCAGAUGGAGGAUAUAAGCCAUGAAGUGAAGAAAUUGGCUUGUUUGCAUUCCGACCGACAUGCUGAUCAACACCCAAGAUCAGAACCAUAUCAGGAGGGUGCCACUUUGAGUGAACAGAACGCCAACAUUCGCCUGCGUUUCCUGGAUGGCCUGAAGACUCCAGUUUACACAGAUAAGAACAUAACAUCUGAAAGCGAUGCGGCUAUCAGGAUUGGCAUCUUUAAUGGUGAUAACAUGAUCAAGGAAGGCCUGCUUUCAAAGCUGAAAAUUGAGAUCCUGGUUCUCCAUGGAGACUUCUGCAACGACUGCCAGGGAAACUGGACCGGAGAGGAGUUCAAUAGCCAGAUCGUGCAAGGCCGGGACGGACACAGGUUUGUGUUAGGGGGUGAUUGCAGUGUGUGGUUGAACAAUGGAGAGGCCUCCUUCGGCAGGAUUCGUUUCAAAGAAGGAUCAUCCAGGACUCGCAGUAGGAAGUUCGUCGUGGGAGCAAGAGUUUGUAUGGGCGAAAAGACUGGUGUUCGAGUCCAAGAAGCUGUCAUGAAGCCGGUCACGGUGCUGGAUCGUAGAAAUGAAGCAAAUGAGAAGAGGUACCCUCCAAAACCAAAUGAUGAAGUGUAUCGUCUGGAAGAAAUUGCCAACGAUGGAACUUACCACAGGAGGCUUAAAAAUGCUAAAAUCUACACAGUGGAAGACUUCUUGAAGGCUCUGAAUAAGGACGCAGACGACCUCCGUGUAAGGGUUCUUCUGAUAAAGAAGGUGAACAACUCUUGGGAAAAAAUGGUUAAGCAUGCUAAGGGAUGCUGUCUCACAGACAUAAAUGAUAGGAUGAAUGUCAGUCUUCCUCAACAAGUUCCAUUUGACUAUGUGAUGAAUGACAAUCUUUCUUCUCUGGAUGCAGUCAUUCUUGAGCCGGAUGAGACUCUUCAAGGAACCACAGCAAACGAAAACCAGCUUCAUGAUAGGAUUGACCAUGUCACUGAACCAUCUCACCACAAUGAGUAUGUUCAUGGUGAUCAGAACACAGUUAAGUCAAAUUAUUACCAAGUAGGUCGAUCCAAUCCAGAAAAUGGCAAUCUUGCUGAACAUGUUCCAUUUAACUAUGUGAUGAAUGUCAAUCCUCCUGAACAAGCUCCCUCUAGCACACAUUCCUCUCUGGAUGCGGUCAUGCUUAAGCCGGAUGAGGUACUUCAAGGAACCGCAGCGGAUGAAAACCGGUUUCAUCAAGUCACUGAACCAUCUCACUCCAAUGAGCAUGUUCAUGGUGAUCAGAAUGCAGUUAAUACACAUUGUUACCAAGGUGCCCCACCCCUUGGCCAGCAGCAACCUACAACAUUCAUGGCACCUUCACAGUUGGAUGGUGAAUUUCUAUGGAUCUUAGAAGGAUCAGUUCAAGCAAACAUCCAUAGCCAGAUGCAAGUUCCCAUAUCCAUGGAUUGUGGCAGUGCCAUGGAGGCAUCAACCUCUGUCCAACACAACCUUCUACCGCAACCAUUUGUGCCUACUCAAUUCCAAGAAAGCAUGCCUGGGAUCCAUUACUCUGAGAAUCCACCUAACCAUGCCUCUGGACCAACGAUAUGGCACGAUGAUCCUAUAACCGAACCGGAGCCUAGCGCUUAUCCUUAUCCUGGGCUGGAUCAUGGAAACUUUUAGCAAGCGGGCACAUUCUGCAGUGCAGAUUAGGCCGUGUAACAUCAUGGUUUUGUGUCAUUAUAACUUAGGUGUCAGGUUGUGAUAUAUGAUGUGCAGUAUCAGGCAUUGUAGACUGUAUGUUUGGACACAAAGUGCUUUGCCCCCAUUCUUUCUAUUUGAUGUUCUAAACAUUGUACAAUGAUGUUACGUAGGAUCUGAGGGUGUGCUCCAACUUAGGCAAAACA